GGGUGAGAGUGCAGAAGGGAUCCAGCCCCCUCUCGUCGUGUCUUGAGUCUCUGGCCUGCUGAAGUCACAUGAGUUCACAGCAGACUGCGAGGAUGGACGACUACAAGCAGUUUCUCAUCGUCUUCUCUCUGGCUCUGGCGCUCGGGAUUGUGUCGAUCGCCGUGGCGUUAACCUGGGUCCUACACUUCAGAGAGGGGCUCGGCUGGGACGGGGGGGCGGCGGAGUUUAACUGGCACCCGUUGUUAAUGCUGAUCGGCUUUGUUUUUCUUCAGGGACUCGCGAUUGUAGUGUAUCGGCUGCCAUGGACCUGGAGGUGCAGCAAGCAGAUGAUGAAGCUGAUCCACGCAGGGCUGAAUAUUCUGGCCUUCAUCUUGGCUGUCAUUUCUGUGGUGGCUGUGUUUGAUUUCCACAAUGCAAAGAACAUCCCCAACAUGUACAGCCUGCACAGCUGGAUUGGUCUGGCUGCUGUCAUACUCUACCCAGCACAGAUAGUUAUGGGCAUUGCUGUCUAUCUGAUUCCUGCAACUCCGGUGUACGUGCGUGCUGCUCUUAUGCCUGUACACAUCUACAGUGGUCUGUUCAUCUUCAUCAGUGUUAUAGCCACAGCUCUCAUGGGCAUCACAGAGAAACUCAUAUUUAGCCUGAAGAGUCCUGCUUAUAAAGACUCUCCACCGGAAGCUGUUUUGGUAAAUGUUCUUGGGCUGCUCAUUGCUGCAUUUGGUGCUCUUGUUCUCUGGAUUGCUACUCGCCCCUCGUGGAAGAGGCCGAGAGAAGAGGUCACACAAGACCUGAGCAAUAACAGCACAAGCCCAGAGGACAUCAAAGUGGGCUCCGCCAUGACCUCCAGGACCGAGCACGAAUCCAGCCUCGAGACUCGCAGACGCAACGGAAAAGCAGAAGAGUCUGGAUAAUAAAAAAUAAAAAAAGAGUUUUGGUACAAGUCUGUGGAUUUUAGCUCAUUUCAUCUUAAAGAAAACAGAAGUGUCAUUCC